AUGUCAAACAAAGAAGAAGAAGUACAACGCGCUAAAUUGGCCGAACAAGCCGAACGAUACGAUGAUAUGGCCAAUGCUAUGAAAAAGAAUGUUGUUGGUGCACGUCGUUCAUCAUGGCGUGUAAUUUCAAGUAUUGAACAAAAAACUGAAGGUUCGGAACGUAAACAACAAAUGGCCAAAGAAUAUCGUGAAAAAAUAGAAAAAGAAUUGAAAGACAUUUGUCAAGAAGUUUUGACUUUACUUGAUAAAUUUCUCGUUCCAAAAGCAACAACCGCUGAAUCCAAAGUUUUCUAUUUGAAAAUGAAAGGCGAUUAUUAUCGCUAUUUGGCUGAAGUUGCUACAGGCGACGAGCGACAGAAAGUCAUUGAAGAAUCGCAACGUGCCUAUAAUGAUGCAUUUGACAUUGCCAAAAAUCAAAUGCAACCAACACAUCCAAUUCGUCUUGGUCUUGCUUUGAACUUUUCCGUUUUCUAUUAUGAAAUUCUCAAUGCACCUGAUCGUGCUUGUCAUUUGGCUAAACAAGCUUUUGAUGAUGCUAUUGCUGAACUUGAUACACUUAAUGAAGAUUCAUACAAGGAUAGCACAUUGAUCAUGCAAUUACUUCGAGACAAUCUCACGUUAUGGACGAGUGAUGCACCGGAUGCCGAUGAAACAAAUCCAACUGAUGAACAUCCAUAA